AUGACUUCCAAAAAUGGUACAAUAACUUGUCAGUACGAAGGACAGAGUGAAAUAACACCCACUGUUAAAGAGUCGCAUAGUUUCAUCGAUAACAUAAUCUGUGACAUUAUCGAUAAAGUCGAUGAGAUCGCCUCGGACAUCGAUAAGAAUUUCGAAUUUAUACCCUGCCCUGUUAUCGAUAAAAGCUACAUAAAAGUAAACGAUUUUCUCGAUACAAUCGAAGAGAAUAGUGUUUCUGUAGAAACGGAGACAGACGAUGUAUUGCAAGUCAUAAACGAUAGUGAUGUGCUUAUCGAUAAAUGCGAAACGGAAAUCGAUAAUGAUUUGAAGAGCUGUACUGAUGAUGUUGAUUCUAGAAAAGUUUACACGAUGCGGUUUUCAGAAUCUAAUUCGACUUUAAAGGGAGACAACGAUGAAGAAAUAAGUGUUGAAAGUCUUCUUAGAUUGCUUCGAGAAGAACGCGCUGGUUUCCAAAGCCCCCUUAUAGCGCCGGAUGUUGAUUAA